AUAAUUAAAAUAAUAAAAAAAUUAAAUGAUGGUAAAAAAAAACAUGAAAAUACGCACAUAAAAAUAUAGAUUUUGGGUGCCAAAAUUUGAACACGAUGACAGUUCACAGAUGAAAUGAAAGUGGGAGCAGCGGAAGGCAACAAAAGAUGUCACGAGACGUAACAAGACAAAGCCCUCUCUUCCUUCCAAGGGCCUCUCCGUCGUCGUCUUCUGCAACUUCCUCCUCUCUUUCUCCAUUUUCUCAGAGCCUUUUAAGCAAAACCAAGCUGCUGCUGCUGCUUCGAGAAAUGGCGUCAUUGAAGUUCUGCUUUGCCCUCUCAUUUUCCCUCUUUGCCCUCCACAAUUGGGGCAUUCCAGUCCGGGCCCUCAGCGUCGGCAUUGAAGCGGGAUCUGGCCUCUCUCUGGGCAAAGAGUGCAGUAGAAAGUGCGAAUCAGAGUUCUGCAAAGUGCCUCCAUUUCUGAGAUAUGGAAAGUACUGUGGGUUUCUGUACAGUGGAUGUCCGGGGGAGAAGCCUUGCGACGGUCUUGAUGCUUGUUGCAUGAAGCAUGAUGCUUGCAUCCAAGCCAAGAACAAUGACUACUUGAGCACAGAAUGCAGCCAGGAUUUUCUAGACUGCAUGGCCAGAUUUAAGAGGUCAGGGGGACACACAUUCAAAGGGAAUACAUGCUCUGUGGAUGAUGUUACUAAACUCAUCACCACUGUCAUUGAUGCUGCUUUGCUUGCUGGAAGAUACCUCCACAAGCCUUGAUAAUUCUUCCCCCCCCCCCCCCCCCCCCUCUCUCUUGGAUCUCACAAAAGAGAGAGGGGCAAAAGAGAAAAGAAGCCCCCCCCACAAAAAACAAAUGCAAGUUGUUUGAAAGAUGAUAUCAGUGGCAUUGAUGCCUUUGUAUUUCUUA